AUGGCCGUGGACAUAGAGUACGGGUUCAACUGCAUGGCCCCUUCCUUGCGCCGGGAGCGGUUCGCCUUCAAGCUUUCCCCGCAGCCCAGCAAACCUCUGCGGCCUUGCAUCCAGCUGAGCGGCAAGAGCGAAGCUGGUGGCAUGGUGGCCCCGGCUGUCCAGGAGAAAAAGGUGAAAAAGCGAGUGUCCUUUGCAGACAACCAAGGGCUGGCCCUGACAAUGGUCAAAGUGUUCUCCGAAUUUGAUGACCCGUUAGAUAUUCCGUUUAACAUCACCGAGCUCCUAGACAACAUCGUGAGCUUGACGACAGCAGAGAGCGAGAGCUUCGUCUUGGAUUUUGCACAGCCUUCUGCAGAUUACUUAGACUUUAGAAACCGACUUCAGGCCGACCACGUCUGCCUCGAAAACUGCGUGCUGAAGGACAGAGCUCUUGCAGGCACAGUCAAGGUGCAGAACCUUGCAUUUGAGAAGAUGGUGAAAAUAAGAAUGACAUUUGACACUUGGAAAAGCUUCUCAGACUUUCCGUGUCAGUACGUGAAGGACACUUACGCUGGCUCAGACAGGGACACGUUCUCCUUUGACAUUAGCUUACCCGAGAAAAUUCAGUCUUACGAAAGAAUGGAGUUUGCUGUGUGCUACGAGUGCAAUGGACGGACGUACUGGGACAGCAACAAAGGCAAAAACUAUAAGAUCAUCCGAGCUGAACUGAAAUCCACCCAGGGGACCACGGAGCCACCAAAUGGGCAGGAUUUGGGAAUAUGCUUUGACCAGUUUGGAAGCCCUCGCUGUUCCUAUGGUCUGUAUCCGGAGUGGCCCAGUUACUUAGGAUACGAAAAGCUGGGGCCCUACUAUUAGUGACUGCAGGUGACGGAGCAAGCCUGGGCUGCUGGCAGACAAGCCUGGCUCCGGUCUCAAUGCAGUGGAGAUGGAAGCCCAGGGAGGAGCAAAGUUGAACUGCCAUUAGGCACAGUUUUUGAAAAGAAAGGAUCCUAGUCACUUUCUUCUUAAACCAGCAAAUCCAGCCCGGUUUAGAUCACAGAACCGGUUUCAUACCCAGAGGAGAGGUGGCAUGCUCGUUAUCUGUCUGGCACCGGUGGCAGCCACAAGGCUAUGCGCAGGAUGGUGCUGGAAAGGGUUUGGAUAGGACCCAAGCCUGCGGGCAGUGCUGGUGAGGCCACAGGAGCCUCGCCUCUCUCCACUCAGAUGUGGAAAGGCAGUCACCCCAGCAUCGCUCAGUCCCCAGCCACCUCCCACCAUGCACGCCCGUCUUUGGGUGUUCCUCACCAGCCAGGCCUUUCCUGCGUGUUGCUGCUGUUCCACGUCUGCACAUACUUCACAGCUUGUCUCUGUGCCGUGAUCCAUUGUCCCGACAUCAUCCAUUUCUAAUGCAGCUGCAGAAGAGAGGUGGAAUCUGCUCCUUAUUCUGCAAAUUCAUUUUUUGCAUUU